AUGAAUAUGCAGACAGCUAACAAAUUGAAAGUCCUAGAUCUCUCCGGAUGCAGUUCAUUGACCAAAAUCCCCGAAUCCCCACAAUCCUCCUGGAAUCUGGAGGUGCUCAACCUUUCAUAUCUCGAUCUAAAUUCGGGUUUGGAGUUGGACGUUAGCAAUUUGCGGAACCUAACAGUGUUGAAUCUAUGUGGCAUCAAAUUAGAAAGGAUAGUUGGCGGAACCAUUGGAACUAUGGAAAGGCUCCAAGAGCUUGAUCUUAGCAUGCUCGAGCGCAGCAAUCUGGAGGAAGUGGUCGUCGAUAUCGGGGAAUUGUCUUCUCUUCAGAUCCUGAAAACAACGGGGAUGACGAAGAAGAAGAUCAUAGAAGAAAAUGAAGAUCACCACCAAACUGAGGCGGCGGAGCUACCGUUAUUAUUAGGGAGGCUUCCAACGAGUCUGAAAGUGCUACACACUUCAUCUCCGGUUGUUAAUCUCUCGGAGCUGGUGGCUUUGGAGGAACUGAUGGUUGUGAAAUGUGAUUCUGGUCUCCAAAUCCCUACGACUAAGAGUUCGUGGUGGAGUGAAUCCAAACUGAAGUUCAUGAUGCUUAAAAACUCCAACAUGGUUCCCGCAGAAUCUUCUUCUUGUUGUCGGCUCCCAACAUCUUUGACAAAUCUCCACGUGUGGGAUUGUUCGGAAUUGAAGUGGUUGCCAAACUUGGAGAACCUCGAGAAUUUGACCGACUUGUUUGUUGACGGAUGUGGCAGUCUGCAAGAAAUCCAAGGGCUUGACAAUUUGUUGUUGGCCGGAUCUAGUAAGUUGGAGUCUAUUUCGAUGACGUAUUGUCCUCUUCUCACAUCAACGUUCCGCCGCCGUCACGACGACGUCGGCCGUCGUGAGAAAAGAGUCGAAUCUAUGAAAGCAUUGUGCAUCGUCAAGUGUGGCGGCGGCAUACCUCAUCUGUCAAACUUCCCAAGGCUUACGUCGCUGGAAAUUGGGGACGUAACUGAUGAAUUAGCGGCUGAUCAGCAGGGAAUGGGAUCACAACUAGACGGCAUUGCCAAUCUGGAAGAGCUAAAAUAUCUAAGCCUGUUUGUAACAGGAAAUGAAUCCCUAAAAUUCAAUGCCAACGGUCAACAGAUUUCGAAGGUUGAAGACACUCUCCAAUCCGGCAGCGUUUCAGGUGGCUAG